AUGUCUCCAGUUACCAAAGCCUCUCACAAUCAAAGUUUACCUGUUUAUCCUAUGGAUGAGUUGUUAAAAGCACGUAGUGAGUUUAGAUAUCGGUGGAGAAGACGAAUGACCGAAAAUCCCUUGGCCAGAUUAAUCAUUACUGAUCAUUACAGAUACCCGUUUAAUAUAAUCUUGAAAAACUGGGAGAAAUAUCCGUUUGAUGAGACUGGUGAUGAGUCAGACAAGCGUCAGUUCCUUUCAACUAUGAGUGAUAAAAUGAGAAAUAGAAUAAUAAUGUUGAGGUCACAACCUUAUAUACCUUCUGAAAUUCAUGAUAAUAUGAUAUCUGAGGAAGAUUUUCAGCAUGUUUGUUCACUACUAUCAAAUGAGGUGUGCAUCACAGAGAACUAUUUUCAAUCGAUAAGUCAAAAUCAAUGCAUUUCAGCAUGUUAUUUUAUAUGUGAUAAUUGUGAUUUUCUUGGGACCAAUGAAGACGCAGUGGAACACUUGAAACAAACCGGUCAUUCAACGUGUAGUAAAUACACACCAAUUUAUUAUGUCGAUAAGUCUGAUACUGCAAAACCUUGUGAACUAAAAGAACCACGGGUCAUCACUUAUCAACCUGAUCGAAUUUAUGGUUGGAGUAUUGGUGAUUCAGUGAUAUGUUGUCCUACGUGA